AUGGACAACAUCGACGACAGAUAUGAACGGCUUGUAGAUCUUCACGACUGCACAAGGGGGACGAAGAGUUUCAAAAUCAUCAAGAGACGCCUGUCUCCGAAAACUCUGGAGCUGAUACGUCAGCGUGGAGCUGCACAAGCUGCAGACAACAAAGAACUCACGCCCAAGAUCGCAAGGUUCUGCAGAGAGGCGAUAAAAGAAGACCUCAAAGAGAGAAGAGCAGAAAUGUUGACUGAAGAGGCAGGACAGAACGGUCGCUACGCCCGUCAGAACUUCGCCAAUAGUAAGACAACAACGACUGCUCUCUGGACCCCAAAUGGAACAACAGCAUCAAAAAGGGAUGGAAAAGACAAUUCACGACUUCUACUAAGAUUUCUUUGA